UGUUGACCCCGGAGGGGACCGGAGCUGGCUCCGGGACCGGAGGUGUGUGUGUGGGGGGGUCCCAGUGACCCCCCCACUGCUCCCAUGCAGGGGAUGGGGAGCCUGCGACUGGGCAGCCGGGCGGUGAUGUACACGGCUGAGACCCUGCCCAAGGGCAAGAACCGAGUGAUGGGGACCAUCCAGAUCAUGACUGGCUUCAUGCACAUCGGCUUUGGGAUCGUCCUGACCACGCUGACCAACGUCUACACCUCCGUCUUCGUCAUCGGAGAGAUUCCCUUCCUGGGCGGCGUCUCCUUCAUCAUCUCAGGCUGCCUCUCCAUCGGGGCAGAGAAGAGCCCCACGGAGUGUGCGGUGAAGGGCAGCCAGACCAUGAAUGUCAUCAGUGCCAUCUUUGCCCUGCUGGGCAUCGUGGCCUUCAUCGUGGACCUCAACCUGAACGGCCUCUACCGCUCCAACUUCAACUACUACAGUUACCUCGUCCUGCUGGCAGGGAACGGCAUCUCCAUCGUGCUGCUCAUCUUCACCAUCCUGGAGUUCUGCAUCGCCGUGGCCACCGCCAACUUCUGGUGCAGGGCCACUCGCCUCAGCUCCAACGAGGCCAUGCUGAUCGUCCCCAGUGCCACCCAAGCGGACCUGGCGGUGCCCAUGGCCGACCUGCCCCAGCCCCCCAGCUACACCGAGGUGAUCUACGACCCCAAGGAGCAGCCCACUUAGGAGGGGAGCUGGGCACUGGGGGGGGGCUCCCGGGAGCGGCCCCCCCAACCCUGCCUGCAUGACAGACCUUCUCCCACCGCCACCAGUGCUUCCCUCCCACCCUGGGACAGCCUGUGCCCCCCCUGCCCGGGCAGCGCCCUGCCGCC